AUGGGUGCUGUUUGUUGUGUUGCUGCCAAAGAUAAAACAUUACAAAGUGCAUCACCCAGUGAAAUGUUGCAUCGGAAUAUUCGGUAUUCUCCCACGUGGAACUUUAGGUGGGAUCAUCGAGGGCGUGUAGCUGGUGAAGAUACUUCUGUAACUUGGUUUUCUAAUGGUAUUAGUGGGAAUGACGGAUUGGAGAAUAAACAUGAACCCUCAUAUGUAUCGGAGGAUGGAAGCCCAUUGCAGAAUUAUCAAAGAAAUAGAUGGCAAAAAUCCCCAGUCUCAGAAGAAACUGCUAGGAACGUGAUAAAUUCAUCUUCAGAACAAACGAUUUCAAGGAAUCUCUUAAAAAAUGUGAGCAUGGAACAGGGGAAGGGGUUGGCAGAAUCAUUAACAAUGUCAUGCCCGUAUCCCACAAAACUUCUACAUUCAUUGCCUUCUACCUCUUCGUCAGUAUUGCCUCAGCCAUCCCAAAGUCACCCAGUUCCAUCCAGCUCAACCCCAUCAAGCUGGCCUUGCCUGUCGACAGGACUGCAACUAUCACGGCAAGUUUCUGAUAGCCAAAUCUUGGGAUUUAAGACACCUAGUAACACUUAUGUAUCUGAAGAGAGGCCAGUGUUUCCUUCGUGGAGCAAUGAAUAUGCCAUGCACUCCCAUGGUGGGUCUUCAGGUAAUUGUUCUAGGUCUGGCCUUUCUGAGCCGACAGGCAGUUCCCUCAAAGAAAGAUGGUCAUUUGAUAGUGAGUCAUUUGCUUUUAAUUGUGAAAGGCUGGUUAGAUCCAGUAGUCGGUUUUCGAAUUCUCCAGUUGAGUUCCAGACAUGUGGUGUUUGCUCAAAACUUUUGACUGAGAAGUCUUCUUGGGGCACCCAAAAGAUAAUCGAAAGUAAUGACCUUUCUGUAGUUUCUGUCCUUAUUUGUGGGCAUGUUUAUCAUGCGGAAUGCCUGGAGAGUUUGACAGCUGAAGUCAACAAGUAUGAUCCACCUUGCCCUGUUUGCACUUUUGGUGAGAAAUAUACUCUUAAGUUAUCUGAAAAAGCUCUGAAAGCUGAAAUGGAUUUGAAGGCUAAAAAUAAGAAAUCAAGGAACCGAAUUGUGGACAGUGAUAUUGAUCAUAAUUCUGUUGUGCAUGAACAUUUUAGAGAAAAAUGGCGUCAAACUAGUAAAGGUCCAGGAAUUGAUUCUAGUUCUUGUAGGAGAAGCUCUAAUGGGAAACCUUUUCUGAGGAGACACUUUUCAUUUGGCUCAAGGAGUUCCAAAUCCAUGCUAGAUAAUCAGUCGACCUGGAAGAAAGGCUUCUUUUGGGCAAAAUCUAGCAGGGAAUAA